GCCACGCCCAGCCCUGGCUGGAAUCCAGGAGCAUGACACCGUCCUUCUUUCCUUCCAUUGUUCAAGGAGCAUUGGAGUGAAGGACGUUGAGGACCGAGGACUCAGAGUGUCCGAGAGGAAGUACCCACAAAUGGGGCACCCGAUGUGGAAGAGAGCAGCCUGGUUGCUCUCUCGGAAGAAGAACUCAGUGGUCCGGCUGAAUGAGCUGCGACCGGGUCUUCGCUACGACACGGUGUCGCAGACCGGCCCGCCACAUGCCCCCGUGUUUGCGGUGGCCGUGGAUGUGAACGACCUCCACUUCGAGGGUAGGGGAAACACGAAAAAACAAGCCAAGAUGAGGGCGGCUGAGCUGGCUCUCAAGUCCUUCGUCCAGUUCCCCGAAGCAGGCUUGGAGGGUGUCGGGACCGUCGAGGAUGAUUUCACAAAUGAUCAUCUGGAUCAGUCAGAAAUGUUCUGCGCAGGGCACACAGAAGGUGAAAAGUGGACAUGCGUCUUAAAGAAGGAGCUCUUGUCCUGGAGCCGCAGUCCAUGCAGUCCAGGGGGAGCAAUCAGCACCUGGCUUUUAAGGAGACUUGGUCCGGUGGGGGUGCUUGGUGAACUGCGACCGGGUCUGCGCUACUUUUGCCUGACUGAGCGACUUCACGGCCGGCCCGAUAGGCGUUUCAUCGCAGCAGUCCGGGUAGAGGGACGGAUAUUCGAAGGCUGCGGCCCUAGUAAAAGAGCUGCCGAGGCCCGGGCGGCAGCCGCCGUUCUGAGCUCUCUCUACGACAUUGGUGUGGGCCCCGAGAGGAAGGUGAUGGCCCUCCAGGGGGACAAACAGCAACUACCUCAGUUUUUUGCAGAGUCCAUCGUCCAUCUUGUGAGACAAAAAUAUGAGCAGUUAAUGGACCAAACUCCACACAACAUGGCUGCUUUCAUCAUGACAAGAGGGUUUGAGGCGAACACAGCAGAGGUGGUUUCCAUGGCAACGGGGACCAAGUGUUUGGACUGGGACGGCGGUUGUCAUGACGACAGUGUGUUGCGUGACUGUCAUGCCGAGGUUGUGUGCAGGAGGGCGUUGUUGCGCUUCUUAUACACUCAGAUGGAGAUGCUCCGAUGUCCUCCAGACGAGACUGUUGCGAGCUCGGAGUCCAUCUUUGAACCGGCGACUGGUCGCCGGGGGGUCUUCAGACUGCGAGACCACAUUGGAUUCCACAUGUUUGUCACCUCGUCUCCGUGUGGAGAUGCUAGACUCAACUGCCCAUACGAAAACUACGCCUCACCCCCCAUGAUGAUGCACGAGUUGCGCUGUGGCCUCAGGACCAAGGUGGGGGGCGGACAGGGGUCUUUACCCAUCACAGCUCGACCAGCCAAUCAGAAGACAGCGGGAGUGUCGUCGAGUAAACCCCAAGUCAGCAUGUCCUGCACGGACAAAAUAGCAAAGUGGUGCGCCGUGGGCCUUCAGGGAGCGCUAUUGUCUCACCUGAUAGAGCCUGUGUACCUUUACAGCUUGACGGUGGCGACAUUGAGCCACACCGGCCACCUCCAACGCGUCCUGACUCGCCGUCUCGCACCCAAUAAACGCCACGCCGCACCCUACCGACGAAAGCUGCCACUACUCGCAUGUUUAAGCAUGAAGGAAUGUCACGCUGGUGGGAAUCCAUCUCGUGUCAGCAUAAACUGGAGCAGCGGUGAGAGCGACACAGAGGAGCUCAGCACCUCAUCGGGGUUGUGUAGCCCCUGCGGGACUCCGUCCAGACUCAGCGGCCGUCGUUUCUUCGCCCACUGGCAGCGUCUGCACAGGCGGUUCAACGAGUGGAUGCCAGAGGAUAUGCUGAGGACGCACAUCGCUUGGAAGCAGGCGGCCGGUCCAUACCAAAAGGCCGUGCGGCAGUUCGGCGAUACCCUACGGGAUGCGGGGCUCGGGGUGUGGCCCAGGAAACUUGCGCAAAGCUCUCAUAGCGACGACGGCGGUAUAAUAUGUACAUCAAUAUAAAAACAAGUAAAAGCCUCAUUUACUUACAACUGGAAACUUUUGGGUUCAAAUCUGGGUACCGGCCUUCGUGUGUGGAGUUUAUGUAUCAAUACAAUCUUGAUAGGGUUACAUUGGAUUACAUUCAUGAAAUAAACAAGCCAUAAUUUAUUCAGGAAUUUAUAAAGUUACAUCGUACACCAUAGCACCAAACUCACGACCUCCUGCAGAUCAAAUUACCCCAUCCCUAUAGGAAACAUUAAAUACUGUAUUUAGCCAUCAAUACCUCGUCAAAACUCAUACAUCUGACCAAUCUAGAUUAUGCACCAUUUCUGAGGAAAAAAAAAAAAAAAUUAACUGCUGUAAGACGCUGGAAUAACUUG